AUGUUGGAAUUUGGUUUCCGUGUCUUGGCCUGGGUCAACGUGACCUUGGGUCUGCAGCUGGGUCUGGAGGUGACAGAGAACAUAGAAUAUGAAGCGGGAGGAGGUGGGUUGCAGCACUGCAGUGACCACGACUGCAGAGAGUUUUGGUGCCCAGACACAGCCUUGUUUAAUCCCAGUCUCCCCAGCAAUGGACAAGUGGUGGACCUGCUGGUGAGGAUCACAGUCUGUACACCAACGUGUAGUGAGUGCAGAAUGGGAACGGAAAUCAAAUCUGAGCAAGAUUACAGCUCCCCUCAGGUGGAGUUGAGGGCUUCAGUGGGGUUGAUAAAGACCGUGCUGAGAGGACGCAGUGACACGAGGUGGGACACUCUCAGGAUGCCUCGCUCUUUCCUGGUGAGGAGUAAGCGGUUUACCAGUUACCAGGGCCAGCGGUUCAAUGAAGAUGAUCACGUGAUCGGUCUGACAAACCCUUCGGUGGCUGGACAAGUGGAAUCUGGACCUCAGGGAACGCCGUCUCUUUUGAUUAAGUUGGAGGAGCCCUCGCGGAGUCUCAAACCCAUUGAGAAUUCCACCUCAGUCUGCGGCUCCCAGCCAAAGUGCUGGAGAGCUCCUCAGGCACACGCCAGCUCAGGAGAGGCAAGGGACGGCCUCCCAGCUUCUCGCGGAACAGACGAGGCAGUGUGCGAGAGAAGACCCAAGUGUGAGGAUCUCUGGAGACCUCGCUCUCCAUCAGGUUCAGACAAAGUGUUUCUCCCUUCGGAAGCUCCCGGGACACUGGGAUUACGAUGCAGGCCGUAUCCCUGGACAGGAUACUCCACAGUCAGACUCAAACACCUGGUUGAGGAUUACCUGUCACCAGUGUUGGAGCCCAGAGCCAGUGUCCAGAAGCCGGACAGCGCACAAGACAUUGAGGACAACAGCCACAUCCUCUUCACUCAGAGAGGCAGGCACAGAGCUCCGUAUGACUGCAGCAAAUGUGACAAGGGCUUUUCAACUCCACAUGGGUUGGAGGUUCAUGUCCGAAGAUCGCACAGUGGCAGCCAGCUCUUCACCUGUGAGAUGUGCGGGAAAGCCUUUGGCCACUCCGCCAGUCUGGAACAGCACCGAGCCACACACACCCAGACCAAGGAAAAGAGUUUCAACUGCAAGAUCUGUGGGAAGAAUUUUAAACGUUCCUCCACACUGUCCACGCACCUACUGAUCCACUCAGAUACCCGGCCCUAUCCGUGCCAGUACUGUGGGAAGUGCUUCCAUCAGAAGUCUGACAUGAAGAAACACACCUUCAUCCACACAGGUGAGAAGCCUCACAAGUGUCAGGUGUGUGGGAAAGCCUUCAGUCAGAGCUCCAACCUCAUCACCCACAGCAGGAAGCACACAGGCUUCAAACCUUUCAUUUGUACUGUCUGUGGGAAAGGAUUUCAGCGGAAAGUCGACUUGCGGAGGCAUCAAGAGACACAUAUUGAUUUUAAUUCAGCUGGUUUAUAGGUCCCUGCUGCUGAAGCUCUCCAGCUGAGCCAAUGAACAGUGUCGUCUAUUUCAGCCAAUAAGCAACAAUCCAGCUCUCCAAUUCAACUAAUGAGUGAUGUUCCUGCUCUGAGAUUAAACCAAUGAAUGGUGAAUCAGCUCUUAAUACAACCAAUGAACAGCGUCCUAGCUCUCCAGUUCAAUCAGAAAUACUACAUCAUCAUCCUGCUCUCCAAAUGAACCAAAGAGACAUUGUUGCUACCCAACCAGAAUCAAUGAGCUGUUCCAGAUCCUUUUGGAAUUGGUGCAGGGAUGGUCUGCCAAUGGGUGCAAGGGAAGUAGUUCCUUCAUUCUGGUCCAGAUGGAAAACCAGCAAAACAACGUCCCUGCAAAGUUUUUUUUUAACGUAUUUUCCAAAAAUGUUAAGUUGUAACAUUGUGCCUUAACCUGGAAACCAAGUAGCGGAAUUGGAGCUGGUCAGAAUUUUCUCUGAACCUCAGAGGGCAAUGACAAAGGUCUACGUGCUUUCAUGGGGAGACAUUAUUCUCUCUAUAGCUCA